AAAUCCAUCUUGAACUAACAGCUUUACAUAAAUAAGAAUCUUUUCAUAAAACGACUACAAACCUGUACUAGACGCGAAAGGAAGCGCAUGUAACAUAUUUAUUUCUCAAUGUGAUUGUGUUAAAAUCCAACAAAAUGACUUCUGUGUUUGGCUUAAGAUUUCCCGAAUGGGAUCUCACAAAAAGCCAAUUCAAAGAAUUAGACGAACUACCUUUAAUGAGAACUCCAGGCCCGAUUCUUAUGAUCCUGGCAGCGUAUCUUCUCUUCGUAUUGAAAGUAGGACCAGCACUUAUGACCAAGCGAGAACCUUACAAGUUGACAGCCGUCCUUGUGCUAUAUAACUUCUUCCAAGUCGUAUUGUCCGCGUUCAUGGUAUACAGGUACGCAACUAUGAUGUCUGAAUAUGGGAUUGCACCAACUACAUGUCACAUGCAUGAUAAAUCUACAAGAGAAACGAUAUUAUUAGAUAUUUGGAUUUACUUCGCUGCAAAGGUUACGGAAUUACUGGACACAAUAUUCUUCGUUCUACGAAAGAAAGAUAGCCAAGUGACGUUUCUACAUCUGUACCAUCAUUCUGUGAUGAUGAUCGGAACAUGGAUGUACUUAAAAUACUGGCCAUCAUACACAUUGUUUUUCAUUGGAUUUAUGAACGCGCUAGUACACGUAUUUAUGUAUACGUACUAUGGAUUAGCAGCUUUAGGCCCUAAAGUCACCAAAUACAUCUUUUGGAAGAAGUAUAUGACAAAAUUUCAAUUGCUGCAGUUCUUCUGCAUAAUAGCUCACUACAUUGUGGCAGUCAACAAGACUGAAUGCCCGCCGACGAAGGGAGUUGCAAUUUUCAUUGGCGGAAAUACACUCUUCUUUGCUUUUCUCUUCCUCAACUUCUAUUUCCAAAACUACAGAAGUCGUAACCUUGUUAAGGACAAGACAUUAGAAAAGCUAAACAGGCCAAAAGUAAUAGGUGACGCGAACAAUGAAAAAGAAGAGUGACUAAAAAUACAUAAUCAAAUACGUCAAGGAAAUAAUGAAAUAAUAAGAAUAUCUCGUUGUAAUAUACAUUAAUUUAUAAAAUGGAAUGUAAAUUGUAUCCCUGGAUGGAUGAAUGGUGUUUAAUGAAUUAGUUAAUUUUCAUGCCGAUCACUAGAUGGCGGUUGUUGCAUGUAAAACGUGUGGUCUAAGAUCCCGAUAUACAACGACCUUCACCGAGAUGCUUAUUUAAAGAGACGUAUUUUAUAUUUAAUUUAAUAUGUCAAUAAAUAUAAUCCAUAUGGGUUGCCUAGCAAAUUUCA